CCAAAACUCGUCGGCGGCGGCGAUGGUCAGGCUUCCAAUUCCCUCCUCGUCAUGAGGUUUAAACCCUCCGCCGCCAACUUCCAACACUUCGCCAAACACCACCUCAACAACCGCCUCAUGGCCUUCUCCACUCCCACUCAAACCCUAACUUCACAUUCCACAGCCAUGGCUGACGCUGACGACCACCUCUGCUCCGAAACCACCGACACCUCCGCCCCCCAACCAUCAUCAAAUCGCGAAUCAUCAUUUUUCGAAACUCCAAACGGCUACUUGACUGGAGAGGCUCGGAUCGAGAAAGCGUGGUCUCAUUGGAAGAAACUCGGCGAGCCUAAGAUGAUUGUGGCGCCGAUGGUGGAUAAUUCGGAGCUACCUUUUCGGAUCCUCUGUAGAAAAUAUGGAGCUGAAGCUGCUUAUACGCCUAUGCUUCAUUCUCGUAUAUUUUCCGAGAACGACAAGUAUCGAUCUCAAGAAUUCACUACCUGCAAGGAAGAUCGGCCAUUGUUUAUUCAAUUUUGUGCCAAUGAUCCAGAAACUUUGUUACAAGCAGCACGCAGAGUGGAAUCUCAUUGCGAUUAUGUCGACAUUAAUUUGGGGUGCCCUCAGCGUAUUGCCAGGCGGGGAAACUACGGAGCCUUUCUAAUGGAUAAACUUCCCCUCAUCAAGUCCUUAGUCGAAAAACUAGCCCUUAACCUCACCGUUCCCGUUUCUUGCAAAAUCCGCAUCUUCCCAGACUUGCAAGACACUCUAAACUACGCGAAAAUGUUGGAAGAUGCGGGUUGCUCGCUCCUAGCAGUGCAUGGACGCACCAGAGAUGAGAAAGACGGGAAAAAGGUUCGAGCAAAUUGGGACGCCAUACGAGUGGUUAAAAACGCUCUUAGAAUCCCAGUUCUUGCAAACGGGAAUAUCCGUCACAUAGAUGAUGCCCGAAAUUGCUUGGAACAGACCGGGGCUGAUGGGGUUCUUUCAGCCGAAUCCCUUCUUGAAAAUCCAGCUCUCUUUGCUGGAUUCAAUGAUCAUGGAAAGGUGGAUCGGGGUGAAUUGGUGGUCGAGUAUUUGAAGCUCUGUGAGAAAUAUCCGGUGCCAUGGAGGAUGAUCCGAUCUCAUGUUCACAAGAUGUUGGGGGAGUGGUUUCGGAUCCAUCCACACGUAAGGGAAGAUCUUAACAAGCAAUCGAGAUUGACCUUUGAGUUUUUGUAUGAUAUGGUGGACCGGCUUCGGGAUCUUGGUGUUACAAGGCCUAUUUACGAGGGAACUUUUUCGGAAAGUUUAUCGGGGAACAAGGAUGGAGUGCAAGUUCAUUGCCUCGGGGUGUAAAUGAUGCGAGUCGAGCUCGAGUAUCAAUAUACUCGACUUGAACUUGGCUCAAAAACUCACGAGUAGUUUAAAUCCGAAUUCGACUCGACUCGUUAGUAUAUCGAGUCGAGCGUCGACCGAGUCGAUCUCGAGUAACUCACAAGUUGUCUCGUCCCAUUUAUACCCUUGACUUUGACCAAAUCUAGUGCAAUGUACAACGUUACUUGUAUAUGAUACAAGUCGUUAUAA